GUCCUCAAGGUGGGACAAUCUCUGUAGCGAGGAGACCCCCAGGGAUGGGGACCUGCCGUGGAUAACACCCCCAGGAGAAGGGGGGUUUCCAAAGGGAUGAGCUAGCCCAAGGGCAGGGAGAGGGAAAGGGGUCUCAGAGAAAGGAGGGUUCUCAUGGGAGGGGGCUCAGCAAAGGAAGGGCCCCAGUGCAGAACGGAAUGGGGGUCCCUGGGCACCCCAAAAACGAGUCCUCACCCCAGCACUCCAGGCAGGAGGAAAUGGCCUCAGAUGGUGCCAGGGGAGGUUCAGGCUGGAUAUUGGGGAAAAUUCUUCAUGGAAAGGAAGGUCGGGCACUGGGGGGGUCCCUGGAGGGAUUUAAAGCCAUGUGGAUGUGGCACUUGGGGACAGGGGUCAGUGGUGGCCUGGGCAGCGCUGGGUCACUGUUGGACUCGGUGGUCGUGGAGGGCUUUUCCAACCUCAGCAGUUCCUGGAGUGUGUGGAAGGAAAGCUCGUGCUGAAGCGAGGCUGCUCCUGUUCUCUCUCUGGCAGGGGGAUUACGGCUGCACCUUCACCUACUCGGCCCAGGGCGGCACCAACGAGCAAUGGCAGAUGAACGUCGGAGUGAGCGAGGACAGCGGGCUCUUCUCCUGCUCCGUCUGGAGGCCCCAAGGGAAGUCUUAUCUCUUCUUUACCCAGUUUAAAGCUGAAGUGAAAGGAGCCAAGAUAGAGUAUGCCAUGGCUUAUUCUCAGGCUGCUGUGGGUGCCCAGAGCGACAUCCCCUUAAAACAGGAAGAGUUUGAGAUCACUGACACAACAGUGUCUCACAGGGAAGGAAAGUUCCGUUUCGAGCUGUCCAAACUCGUGAUCGUAGCAAAAACCCCCCGUGACGAGCUGUGACCCCCAGGCCAGCCCUGGGCAGGGGGCUCUGCCUGCCCAGCGUGGCAGUGAAGGAAUUUCCUGCUGACCUGCAGGCUUUUGCUUUUGGUUGGCCAAACCUUUUCUGUUUUCCGUACUGAAACGUUCUGGGGAGCGACACGAGGGGGGUUUGGAGGUGAGGACGGAUUUGUUCCGCCCUGUGUCAGCGACUCCGUGCUCUGCAGCUGAGAGCUCCCACUCCUCCCGUGCCCCUUCCUGCCUGGCUGAGCUGCUGAGCAGAGCUCCCUGGAAAGGGGCUCCUUAUCUGCCUGCCUGGGAACAGCCUGCAGGGAGAUAAGUGCCUGGAUUUCAGCGAUUUUUCCCUUACUAAAGGGAAGUUGUUAACUCUGUAGUCUCUGGAGGGGAGAGGGGAUUUGUCCCUCCACCAGCUUGACAGGAGGAAAUAAUUAAUUGAGGGGGAGGGAGGGAUUUGGCCAAAGCUCUGAUUCCGUGGCUGGGGUGGAUCCAGAGCUGGGCUUGGGUGGGGGAAGGCAGAGCAGUUUAUUCUGACACAAUCAGGAAUCAAUCCAGGCAACACUUCCACGUCUCAGUACAACCACGGGACUGUUUUAUACCUACAGAAAAGUGAUUUUUUUCUUAUCCAGAGUAAUAACAGGGAAUGUGCAAUUCCUUUCCUGAGUAAAUACAGCACAAAUAAAGAAAUAAAGCAUCAUG